AUUUCCGAUCCUGUGCGUGUUUAUACAAAAAUAAGUUCACUUACAUCUUGUGAUUGUGUGCGUAAAAGUGACACCGUAGUUCGUUUACUACCUGCUAGGUAGGUGUGAUAGAAGAAGAAAAAAGGAAACAAAAUAGAAACAGACAAACUCCUGUUGGUCGUCCUGUAUGUAAGACCAUCAAAGUAUACGCAUCGAGGAUCGUAAAAUCGGCGUGUCGCUAAAGUGGACUUCACUUCUGACGAGGUGAAAUACGAGUGUGUAUGUCUGUCUGUCUGUCUGUCUGUCUGUAUCUUUAAUGAAGUGAGGCGGGACGAGGUGAAGCUUAGUUAUAGGUGAGGUGAGGUAAGGUGAGCAGCAAGAGCGAGUCACAGCUAAAGAGAGUGAAGAGUGAAGAGAGUGAAGUGACCGAGCGCUACUUGAGCAUCGUGGUGAGAGGACGCACCGUCGUUUAUGUGGAGUUUGUAAGACGCGACUUAUGUACCACGCAGGUUUUUUUGAUAAUCAGUGAAGGAAAAAAGUCAAAGGAAAGGAAACAAAAGAGAAGAAAAAAGGCAAAGUGAGCUGCAUUAUAGAGGGGAGAAAGAAUAUAGUGGGAAGUCUACGAACGAUGACGACGCGCGUUCGUUCCGCGGUCAUGCGUCCACAAUUGGCCGAGCCAUGAUGCGGAGUACUCUAUCUAGUAUAGGCUGCUGGCCGCGGCAGUGUACGACGUGUUCGUAACGUGUGUGUGACCCGAUAGAAAAUACAAUAAUUCUCUGUUUCUGAUAAUUACGUUUCUUCCAUUGAAACAAGUGUGUUAGAAAGUAGAAACAUAUACCUUCGAAAAUCUAAGAACUACUUACCACGAGUAUAGGUAUAGUAAUUAGAAGCAUAUAUUAAGUUGCACUUUCUGCCAUUUCGUGCGGGACCUGCCACGGUGUCGGACAUUGCUAUCUUUGGAACGAAAACGGUGGUUCUGUUUACACUGGAAAAAUUGACAGCCUUCGAGGAUGUACGCAAAGGGAAAGGGGACUACGGUACCCUCAGAUUCUCAAGCGAGAGAAAAGUUAGCCCUGUAUGUGUACGAGUACUUAUUACAUGUUGGUGCACAAAAGGCGGCGCAGACAUUUUUGUCAGAGAUACGAUGGGAAAAAAAUAUCACUCUUGGUGAACCGCCCGGAUUUUUGCAUUCUUGGUGGUGUGUAUUUUGGGACCUAUAUUCAGCAGCACCAGAACGACGAGAUUCCUGUGAACACAGCAAUGAAGCUAAAGCUUUUCAUGAUUAUGGUUUUGUGAAUAGUGGUUAUGGUGUUAAUGGCAUUGCCCAUAAUGCUGGUCCAGCGCCUUCACCUAUAGGACAAAUGCCACCUAACGAUGGUAUGCCUGGUGGUCCAAUGCCUCCUGCUUUCUUUCCAAACAACUCGACAAUGCGACCAUCUCCGCCCACACACCCCUCAUCACAGCCAUCCCCCCAGCACCCCCAGCCACCCCCGCCUCCACACUCGCAGAUGAUGUCCACUCAGUUCAUGGGUCCUCGAUAUCCUGCUGGACCAAGACCUGGAGUACGUAUGCCACAAAUGGGAAAUGAUUUUAAUGGGCCACCUGGACAACCGAUGAUGCCAAAUAGUAUGGACCCAACUAGGCAAGGCGAAGCUGGAGAAUUUGUAGGGUGGCAAGCUCCUCCAGGCAUGAAUCCUAUGAAUCCAAGGAUGAAUCCUCCACGAGGACCAGGAAUGGGUCCAAUGGGACCGGGAAGUUACGGACCUGGAAUGAGAGGACCACCACCUAAUAGUAGUUUGGGACCUGGAGGUCCAGGAGGCCCUGGUAUGCCUCCAAUGAGUAUGGCUGGACCAGGAGGUAGACAACAAUGGCAACCUAAUACAUCCACGCCAAUGAAUUAUUCAUCAUCAUCACCUGGUAAUUACGGGGGUCCACCUGGUUCAACAGGUCCUCCAGGCCCAGGUACACCAAUUAUGCCCAGCCCUCAAGAUAGUAGUAAUAGCGGUGGUGAAAAUAUGUAUACCAUGAUGAAACCUGUACCUGGAGGAAAUAUGCCUGGUGAUUUUCCAAUGAGUGGUGGGCCAGAAGGUGGUCCGAUGGGUCCUAUGGGACCAAACACAAUGGGUCCUGUGUUGAAUGGUGAUGGCCUUGAUGGAAUGAAAAACAGUCCUGCUAACGGUGGUCCUGGGACACCUCGGGAAGAUAGUGGAAGUGGAAUGGGUGAUUAUAAUCUGGGUGGUUUUGGAGGCCCUGGUGAAAAUGAUCAGACUGAAUCAGCGGCCAUACUCAAGAUCAAGGAAAGCAUGCAAGAAGAGGCGAAGAGGUUUGAGAAGGACUCAGAUCACCCCGAUUAUUAUAUACAAUAACUCGUCACGAGUCGUUGGGCCCUGAGACCAAACUAACGUUUUAAGAAAAACAAAUCGCAAAUCGAUUCCCCUCUUUCUCUCUCUCUCUUCUUCUCUCUCUUCCUUAAAUCCAGAAUUCUCCUCACUGCACUUGUACUCCACAAUAAUCUCCUUCCUUUCACGAUCCGAACACCCCCUACAGCUUCGAAUCGAGGUACUGAAAACAGUGUGCAGAGACAAAGGACAGGAAAAAGUAAGAUAAAUUGAAAAAAGAAAAGGUUAAGCUCCGUGAGAGAAGUGCACGAGAGUUACGUAGAGAUUGGAGAUGCGUUUUCUCCCUUUGCGAAGUGAGGGGGGCACAUCCCAAGAAUUUUUCAUCCUCUCCGAAUUACGGAAAGGAUCCAACCAUUUAAAGUAAGAGAGCACCGUUUCAUGUAAAAUCUUUCGUAAUUUCGCGUUGACGUACAUUCUUCAAAAUAUCUCCAUAUAAUAUACACAAUCAUCUUAAAUCAUUGUCAAUCGAUGAUACUCAACGUUUUUCUAAGUGAGCACGGGCUCAAGAUGUUUCGAGCGUCCUCGAGUAUGCUCGUUAAGAGAUUAUGAAAUCUAGAAAAAACGUUAAUUGGUAUGAAAGGAUCAAAAGUUUGUUCAAACUUUUCCUAUUGCGCACGAUUGUUAAAAUAUUACGUUCCAACAUUCUCGAAUAUUUCUCAUUUCGAGCAAUACACACGCUCGAUUAGAUAAUUCAUACCAAUGAAAAGUCGAAUGCCUAAUUGCUCAUUGCCGUCUGCAAGUCACACAAGUGGACUCGUUUCGACGUCGUCUUUUCUUUUCUUCUUUUUUUUUUCCUUAUAAACUCCUACAUCGUCUCCUAUUUUCUUAGGGAACCUGAUUUUGUUUCCGAAAAUAAAAACAGGAAAAUAAUAAGUGCUUCCUUAUUGGCCCUAAGUUAAAAGAAAAGUAUAUUUUUUGUACAGUUCAAGAAACAGUUCAAGAGGUAUAUGUGAUGUUUUUAUAUACGAAAGUAGUAGUCAUCUCCCCUCUCCUCUCUGUCCCUUUCUUCGAACUCCUCAGUUUUUAUUUAGACGUUUUUAUGGAGUAUACUUGAGUGACGUUUCAUCGGUUUCCUACAUCGUCUGUGCACAGCGAAUAGUUUCAGUGUAUAAAAUUAUUAAAAAAAACAUAAGUAACUGUGAUAAGAUAGCGUUUUAAAUGAAACAUUAUAUAGCAUACUUAUACUAUCGUAUAUCUGUUCGAAGGUAGAAUAACAAGGAAUUGUAGUACAUACAUCGAGUGUAUACUCGAGUGAACACCACUUUUAUACGUACGUUCUGUACUGACUUCAAUUGAUAUUGAUACAAAUGUUGGUUUCAUACGUUGACGAGACGUAUAUCCUCUAUUUUCGUUCAAACAAUCGAAACUUUUCGCAUGCGCCUUCUGCGAAACUGUUCUCGAAACGAGAUCGAUCGAUACUCUAUGAUUCUGUUUGAAAAGAAAACCUAUCGUGACUUUAAUGUAAUAAGUUUUGAGAUGAUACAUCAUUGAGAGCUAUACCUUGGGUCGUGUUACAAAUAAAAAGAUGUUAUAAUUCCUAUUCAAAAUAAGAUCUUCUUUUCACAAAAUGUCAUCUACGUUUUAUUUGUAACAAAUUCAAAUCUUCUAACGUCGUUUAAAAUUUCAUAAUAUACGUUGUAUGUAUAUUUAUAGAUGUAAAUGCUUAUUAAAUUUUUCUUUUUUUUUUCGGAACGAUCGAUCAAUCUCGCGCAAGAUUGUACGUCAGCGCAGCAAUUUGCGAGCAUUGGUAGUAUAAUACCGAUACUCGUUAUUGUGACAUCAUUCUACGGUCGAUCUGUCGGCUAUUCCUUCCGAGAAAAGAAGCAUCGAUAUCUUCCAUGAAGUUAUAUACAUACAUAUACCCGAGAAAAGAUCCACGAGAACGCAACGCCUUUGUGCUCUUUUUCUGUCAAUACAAAGAAUGCGAUUUUAAAAGGGGUCCCGAUAGAUGCUAGUACGUUAGAGUGGUCAAUGGUAUCGAUAUUAUCGUGUGCGUGAGGCGAAGAAAAAGUGGCUUCUUAAUUUAUUUACAAGAGGGAGUAAGAAACUAGGUACGUUAGGUGUAUCGAUCGUUCAACGUCUGUGUGUAUAGUACGUACAAUAGUGCCACGUUAACUAACCAAGAUUUUGCUUCGUCAACUGCCCGUCGCCUAUCCUCAUCGAUUCUCGAAACUGAUUUUAUCGAGAAGAGUUUGGUGCGCCUCAAUACUCUUAAAAUUCGAAUCACAACAAAUAAGAUUCGAUAACCUGACCUCGUGAAAGUGUUGUAAAUCGUUCCCGUAAAUGCAUUUUCGUUACCUCGACUGUCUUUUUUUUUUUUUUUUAAUUGACCGUUUAGAUUAAGGCAUUUAAAAUGCUUGUGAAACAUCGACUACGCGCCAAGCUUUCAAGAUUUAUCAAAACAUCCAAGACCGACGAGACUUCUAAGACUUAAGAAAACAUCCGAAUUUUAGGGCAUCGAAUCCUAUUUGAAGGUUAUUCCAAUUUUUCAUUACAUGCAUGCAUUUGACGCGAUUUGAUGUGCUUGACAACCUAUCACAGGUUUCUGGUAUUACUUACGUAAAAUAAAUCAGUGUAUGUAUCAGGUUUCUAUAUCUCAUUUGUAUCCGAUAAAGAAAAGAGAUUCUCGAAAUAUCCUAGAGAUAUACCUCUCUCGAUAACUGAUCAGCUAAAAUGUCGAGCCGCGGACAAUUAGCGAAGCACUAUUGUACAUAGCAAGGGGGGUAAGCACAUUGCGAAACGAUAGGAUGUCGAGUGUCGAAAAGUUGACUAAUACGAUGCAACGUCAAGCGAUUGCAUCGAUAGCGUUGUUCACAUCGGUACAUUUGCGUUUAGGGAGGACUUCACGGGCAUUGUUAACAGUUGCACAGACGUUGCAAUCUCGAUUGUGUUGUACACAAUUGGAUCAGAUCUUUAUUUAACUCGAGAAGCGCACAGUACUGAAAGGCUGCAAUAACAUUAUUUCGAAAAAGAAAUCGAACACUCGGUUAUUAGGGAAUUCGCGAGAAUUCGCUUGUAUUAUCAGUGUCCGAACGAGGGGAACCCGACGAAACGGUUCUCGAGGGAACGCAUUAUUAAAACUCCCCCUAGGACUUAAUCCGAUAUGGUGGGAAUCCGGCCAGUGUGCGUCGAUAGUACACACGAAACGAAUUUUCAUUCGAGACGAUCGUCGUUUGUCGAUUACGGAUAAAAAACAAGUUAUGUGUAACUGCCAAUGGAAUUUGUUCUUUUUUUCCUUUCUUUCCUAUAGAUUUUAUUCUUUUACCAUUGAAUUUUUCAGUAUUCGCAAUGGCAACGUUACGUUCACGUUAAACGAAGGUGCUUACUGUUGAUAAAACAAAUACAGGAAGGUGAUAAAAUCAGUCGUCUUAAUAAGCUAAAACAGUAAUUCGACAUGGAUGAAUACAGAAUUGUUUCUUGUUUGUAAUAUAUUAAAUAUCGUAUACCGCAGACACAGUUUAGAUACCGCUGCGUUAAUCACUGUCUGCGAUUAAUUAUCUAUUACAUAAAUAUUUUUCAUCAAAUACGGUUUUACGACGAUGAAUAGAUAACGAUUAAGUAAUUUUUAAAUUAGUAAUCUUCGAGUAAGUUAAUAAUUAAUUAUUAAUUAGUUAAAAAUUUAUUAAUAAUUACGGCAUCGCUAUAUCUCUUUCAUCGACUAUAUAUUCGGUACAUAGACGAGUUAAUUCUUUUAAUCACAUGUAUUAUCAUGUUUGUCGCUUGAUAAAAAGCGACACUCGCAAAUAUGAAGUGCGUAAAAGCAGCGAAUUACGCAACGGACAAACGUGAACGUAACUAUAUAACAGGAUGGAACAGGAAUUAACUUGUUGUUUGAAAUCCGAUCCUCAUUCGAUGGAAUAAUCCUGGUCACCGUAGAAUCACGAUAAAGUACGAUCGUAACUCGUCCAAAGGGUAAAGAAAAUUGAAUAAAGUGUAUAAAUUUUACGUUCGCCUGUUUAUCUCCUAGUUCGUGCCUCAAAUCUGGGAAUGGCGGCGUGUAUAUACACACACGUGUAUACUAUUCCGGCGUAAUUAAAUAUAAAUGUAUAAGUUGUACAAAAUGUCGAGUGCAAUUCGGAUUAAAAUAACGUAUACAGCGGAAUACGGUGUUCCUGCUAAUUGCGUGAAACAUCAAAACGGUAUUGACAUCCGCCCUUUUAUCGUUAAGAAAUUUUUGAAUUCGGGUAAAUAUUAUAUUUUGUUAUCAUCUGUGUGUAUUGUUACAGCUGGGCGAAAGAAUUACAUGGCAAAACGGAAGAAUGGAAAAGUUGAUGGAUUAUAUAUGGUGAUAUUUUUUUACCCGAAUUUAAAGAUACGACACGUUCGGAUCUCAAUACUUUUCGGAACGUUUCGCGCAUCUACUUUUAAUGUAUAUUUAAUUUUUUUAUGGAGAUCAUUUUUUGUAUGGUCACCAAAAAUUUAUGAGUUUUUUGAUUUUCCUGUUAUUUCGUUCGUCGUCCAUAGCGAUUCGUUCCAACGAAAUAGCAAACAAUUUUCUUUUUUUAAUGAUAUAGAUAAGUAUUAUGAUCAAAAUUUUAAUGUAAAAAAAAGUUUAGAGGAACGUGUUGCGUUAAAUGUAGACCAAAAACUUUCAGACGAAAGAAGUAUAUAGUUUGUAUUUGAUCGUUUUUAGCGCAGAAUAAGUUGUAAAAGAUCACGAGUUUAAUCGAUAUAUCGAGAGGAUAUAUAUAAGAAAAGAUAUUUGUAUAUUGUUUAAAACGAGAGUUGAUCUCGCCGUGAUUAGAGAAGAAAUAUGAGGAAAAAAAAAGAAAUGAUAUCUCGUGUACUAUUAUUGCGCGUUACGAUUUCGUAAGAUAAUUAGGAAUUUAUAAUAAGUAAGGGUGUUAGGUUGGCAGGAAAACAGUGAUCGAGUAAUUUUUAAAAACGUAUUAAAACGAAAAAAAAAAAGGAAAAUAAUAGAACAAAAGAAUAUCCUAGCCGCGAUAAAAAAAUAUCGAAGUGUGUGUAAAUUAUAAAAUCGAUCAAUAGCGAAAAACUAGGGAUUAACAGAAAUCAAUGAGCUGCCAUCGUUCCCAACCCCUUUAACGAAUGUUUGCAUUCAGAAUUAAAAACGUAAAUUUCUUUCUAUAAUUAUUUACCUAUAUAACUAUGACAAUUGUAACUGACACGAGCUGUACAUCUUGCGGCUGACCUCACGUAUUCUUUAAAUUCACGCAUAAUUAUAGACAUAAUUAUAGAUAUCUAUUACGAGUAUAGCAUUCAAGUAGUAAGUAAUAACAAUAAAAUAAAUGGAAUAAAUGUCAUCUAUCCUACCAA